CAGCUGUCAUAAGUUGCGCAUUUUACGAACAAGUAUUAAAAUAAAAACAAUUAUAUUGCAGGACAGAGUUGAGAUUAGUUUGAGAUAACAGAAUUUUAUUGUUAAAUCGCACACAAUCGACACAACCAGCUUGCACUGCCAAUUUGUAAGACUAAUUAAUAACUUGAAACAAAGAAAACUCUGUGUGGGAGUUGUUGCGGAACGAAGUAAAACUCGACAGACGCAAUUGCAGCUGUUGUUAUAAAAAUAAAUUAAACAAACUCAUUGCAAUGGCCAAGAUGAUUUCUCAAGAUACCUUUGAUGAUGUCGUCAAGGAGAAUGUAGUGGACUUCUCCAUGAGCCCCUCGGAGGCCAAGGAGGAGACGAUUAAACAGUUUGAAGCGCAGGGCAUUAACCUCGCCAAUAUUAUAAAAGACCUGGCAAUCAAUGCCGAGACUGGUGAGCCCAUCAUCAACGAAACGGUGGACAAGAUAAAAGCGCACAUUAGCCAAAAGUCGAAGGAUACACAGCAGCUUUUGGAGCUCAUUACGGUCUUGGACCUGGAGUGCCAGAAGUCACUGGCACAUCGUGUGUUGGCGGGCAAGAAUGGUGCCCACGAUGUCCUCAUUACGCUCCUGGAGCAGACACUGGCGGAAGAUACGCUUGACACGACGCUAAUAAGCAAAUCGUUGCAGGCGGCCAAUAGUUUAACACAAAAGCAGCCGGAUUUAUUUGAUGCUGAGGCUCUGUCCAUUGUACUCAAGUUGUUGGAGCUUAAGGAUCAACUGGAUGUUAUUUGCCUGACACUGCAAUGGCUGCAGAAAGCGUGUGUUAUGCACGAAACGAAUCGUCAGAAUAUUAUGAGCACCAAUGUAAUAAAGCUAAUCAAGCCACUGCUGCUCAAGGACUCGCCACGCAUGGUACGGGAGGCAACUGCGGUUUUGCGAUAUCUCGUGCUGGAUGACGACAUUCGCGUGGAGUUUGGCUGUGCACAUGAGCAUGCGCGACAGAUUGCCAAUGAAUUGCUUUUGCAGUUGGUGGAACUGUUGCCGGAAUACACGGAUGUCAAUGUACUGUCUGAUGUACUACUGACCAUUGGCACGCUGGCCGUGCGACAGGAACUCUGCACGCUUAUCGACGAUGCCGGCGGACUUAAGUUGAUCUUCGCCAUAAUGAAAGACAAUUUAAAGGAGGAGCGUUUGAAUCGUGAGGCAUUGAAACUGUUGCGUGCUCUGGCUGGUCAUGAUGCAGUCAAGGCGCACAUUGUGCAACAGGGUGUGGCACCAAUCAUAAAAGAGAUGCUGGAAACGCAUCAGUCCAACGAGAACAUUGUGUCCGCCGCUUUGGCCUGCAUCACAACGCUGACGCUGCGCGUCAAGGAGCACAGCGCCGCCUUCUUUGAGACGGGCAUUGCUGAGGUAAUUGUCGAGGCGCUGCGAUCGAAUCCUAAGCACAAAUACGUGCAACGCAAUGGUGCCUGGGCCAUACGUAAUAUGGUAUCACGUUCACGUGAUCAGUGCGAUACGUGGCUAUCGUUUGGCGUUGAGGAUUUGCUCAACGAGGCCAUGGCGGAACAUCCAUCGGUGGCGCAGGACAUAAAGGCUGCUCUGCGUGAUCUCGGCUGUAAAGUGCAGCUGCGGGAGGAGUGGACCGGCACGGCGGAAAAGAAAAUCGCUGCAUGAUUGUAAAUUACUAAUACAAGCAUUUACUUUAUAUUUCUUAUUUUUAUAAUCAUUACUAACUUAUUUCCAUACUCAAUGAUCAGAGUUUCAA